CGGAGCGCGGAAGGCAGCGACGCAACCGGACCUGCUUGCUCUCCCCUGCCUGAGAGCGGAGUGAAUGGAGGAGCUACUCUUCCUGGUGAACAAACAGUGACAGCUAUAGGGCAGACAGCGAUACCCGCUUCCCAGCACGACCAUACAGCAUAUCCUUCACCCCAAAGCAACACAGAUAUGGCGUCUGACAGUAAACACGUCGCGCGGUUGAAAUCUGAGCUCUACUUCCUAAUAGCCCGAUUUUUGGAAGCUGGACCAUGUCAAAAUGCAGCCGAGACGUUGAUAAGGGAGGUACAAGAGAAGGAGCUCUUGCCCAAAAGAACAGACUGGACGGGCAAGGAACACCCUGGGAGUUACGAAAAUUUGGUGAAGUUGUAUAGCCACAUCACGCCGGAGCACCUGUUGCGUGUGUGUGAGCGGGUGGGGCCUCUGCUGGAGAGGGAGGUGCCGGCCAGUGUGCCUGGAGUCCAGUCCCUGCUGGGGGUGGGCCGACAGUCUCUACUGCGCACCAACAAGAGCUGUAAGCACGUGGUAUGGAAGGGUUCCGCCCUCGCCGCCCUGCAUUGUGGCAGGCCCCCAGAGCCGCCUGUCAUCUAUGGAAGCCCGCCCAACAUUGUGGAGACAUCUUUCAGUCGGCGUCUGAACGGCGAGUACCGACUGGGUCAGCUGGUGCCCACUGCGGUGUAUCUGCACAUGAAGAUGCACAAGAGGAUUCUGGGACACCUGUCUUCCGUCUACUGCGUGGCCUUCGAUCGCACCGGCCGUCGCAUCUUCACCGGCUCAGAUGACUGCCUGGUGAAGAUCUGGGCGACGGAUGACGGGCGUCUCUUGGCAACGCUGCGUGGCCAUGCGGCUGAGAUCUCGGACAUGGCGGUCAGCUAUGAGAACACCCUGCUGGCCACUGGCUCCUGUGACAAGACCAUCCGUGUGUGGUGCCUUCAGACAUGCGCUCCACUGGCUGUUCUAGAGGGACACGGAGCGUCCAUCACCUCACUUCAGUUCUCUCCUCUGUGCAGCGGUAGUAAAAGAUUCCUCUCCUCCACCGGUGCUGAUGGCUCCAUAUGUUUCUGGCAGUGGGACGCUCGCACACUCAAGUUUGGGCACAGGCCCAGUAAGUUUACGGAGCGUCCUAGGCCGGGGGUGCAGAUGAUCUGCUCGUCCUUCAGCGCAGGUGGGAUGUUUCUAGCCACAGGCAGCACAGAUCACAUUAUCAGAGUCUACUACUUUGGGUCUGGACAGCCUGAGAAGAUUGCUGAGCUGGAGUCCCACACCGAUAAAGUGGACAGUAUACAGUUCUCCCAUGGAGGGGACAGGUUUGUUAGUGGAAGCAGAGACGGUACGGCUCGCAUCUGGCAGCUGCAGCAGAAGGAAUGGAGAAGCAUCCUACUGGAUAUGGCCACCAAAAUACCAGGCAAGUGCAACCCUCCUCCUUUGGAGGACAAAGUCACCAAACUCAAAGUUACCAUGGUAGCCUGGGAUCGCCACGACAACACGGUCAUCACGGCUGCCAACAACCUGACACUGAAAGUGUGGAACUCCUAUACGGGCAAUCUCAUUCACAUCCUCAUGGGCCAUGAGGAUGAGGUGUUUGUUCUGGAGCCACACCCCUUUGAUCCCAGAGUGCUCUUCUCCGCCGGGCAUGAUGGGAACGCCAUCGUGUGGGACCUGGCCAGAGGCGUCAAGAUUCGCUCCUACUUCAACAUGGUUGAGGGCCAGGGCCACGGGGCAGUGUUUGACUGUAAGUGCUCUCCAGACGGUCAGCACUUUGCCUGCACAGACUCCCACGGACACCUGCUCAUCUUUGGCUUCGGCUCCAGCAGCAAAUAUGACAAGAUAGCGGACCAGAUGUUCUUCCACACGGACUACCGGCCGCUGAUCCGCGACGCGCACAACUACGUGCUGGACGAGCAGACGCAGCAGGCGCCCCACCUCAUGCCGCCGCCCUUCCUGGUGGACGUGGACGGCAACCCGCACCCUCCGCGCUACCAGCGCCUGGUGCCCGGCCGCGAGAACUGCCGCCAGGAGCAGCUCAUACCCCAGAUGGGCCUCACCUCAUCAGGUCUGAAUCAGGUGGUGAGCCAGCAGGCUGCAGAAGGUUCCACUGCGCUGGACAACAUGAUCCAGAGACUACAGCAGGAGCAGGACCAGAGACUGGGCACAGACAGGACCAGCAGAGGUUCGGUGAGUUCCCCCACUGAGGUGUCGUCCCCUCCUAACGUGGGCCUACGGCGCAGUGGUCAGAUCGAGGGGGUGCGGCAGAUGCACAGCAAUGCUCCUCGUAGCCAGAUGGCCACCGAGAGAGACCUGGUGGCCUGGAGUCGCAGGGUACUGGUGCCCGAGCUACUGCCUGGCAUCGCCAGUAAACAGGAGGUCUGGAGGGAAGCUAAAGGAGAGGAGGAGAUCAACAUCUACAGAUCAGAGAGACGACGACGCAGCCUGCACAGCCAGUUCCACAGAGAGAACCGGCAGCAUGCACAGGAGAGCGAGGAGAGCCGGCGUCACCAGGGCAACCAGCAUAACUAUCACACACGUGCUGCCGUGGAGGAGAACAGCAGGCAGAGCGAAGCCACAGAGGAGGAGACCAAUAUGUCAGAGGGAGAGGCAGAUGUGCAUCCUCUAAACGGAGAAUCAUCAGAAGGAGAGGAGGAGAAGGAGGACGAGAAGGAGCCAUGGCCUGAUGACCACAGCAGCUCCAGUGAUUACUCCAGCGACUACUCAGACUGGACGGCGGACGCGGGCAUUAACCUGGAGCCCCCAAGACGAAGUCAGUCCAAGAAGAAGACGGCCAGCAGCUCGGAGGAGGACGGUGAGAAGAAGAAGGACAAGGACAAGAAGGAGCGCAAGAAGGACAAAGCUGACCACAAGGCCCACAAGGACCACAAGGACGGGGCACUACCAAAGAAAAGCAAGCCCAAAGAAGGACGCAUGAAGCGGUUGCCAGAGAUGCGGGAGCAGGGUCUGACUCUGGAGGAGUGGCUGCCGUCCCCCUGGAUCACUGACACCAUGCCCCGCAGGUGCCCCUUCACACCGCAGAUGGGAGAUGAGUUGUACUAUUUCAGGCAGGGACAUGAGGCGUAUGUAGAGAUGGCCAAAUCCAACCGCAUCUUUAGCAUCAACCCCAAAAAACAGCCCUGGCACAAGAUGGAGCUCAGGGAGCAGGAGCUGAUGAAAAUAGUUGGUAUUAAGUAUGAGGUGGGCCUGCCCACUCUGUGCUGUCUGAAGCUAGCCUUCCUGGACCCAGACACGGGCAAGUUGACCGGAGGCUCCUUCUCCAUGAAAUACCACGACAUGCCUGACGUCAUCGACUUCCUGGUUCUCCGUCAGCAGUUUGAUGAAGCAAAAGAACGGCAGUGGCAAAUAGGUGACCGAUUCCGCUCGGUGAUAGAUGAUGCCUGGUGGUUUGGGACAAUUGAGAGUCAGGAGCCAUACCAGGCCCUCUACCCCGACAGCCUCUUCCAGUGCUACAACGUCUGCUGGGAUAAUGGUGACACAGAGAAGAUGAGCCCUUGGGACAUGGAGAAGAUUCCCGAUGAGGCAGUGUUUCCUGAUGAGCUGGGUCAGAGCCCCUCUGAUCGAGGAGGAGCGCCGCACCGGCCGGUGCCAGCCGUCAUCAACGGCAUCGACCAGCUCUGCACGCUGGAUGUGGCUGUUCCGUUCGCUCUUCCGGUGGACCUGCAGGCCUACCCGACCUACUGCACGGUGGUUGCCUACGUCACAGACCUCAGCACCAUCAGGAGCCGACUGGAGAACCGCUUCUACAGGCGUAUAUCAUCUCUGAUGUGGGAGGUGCGUUAUAUAGAACAUAAUGCGCGGACCUUCAAUGAGCCUGGCGCCUUCAUCGUCCGCACCGCUAAGUUCGUCUCCGACCUCAUGCUGCAGUUUAUCAAGGACCAAAAUUUAACAGACAUCAUCCCCCUCUACCACAAAAUGAAGAAAGAGGCCUUCUCUGACAACAGCAGUGAUGAAGACGAGGAUGUGGACGUGGAUGCUCCCGGCACAUCUACAUGCAUCAAGAAGAAGGCGCAGCGGCCAAUGCUGAGGAGCCUGCGGAACAAGCCUCAGUCACAUGACCCAGAGGCCUGGAAGGGGCGCUGCAGAGAGCUCCUGGACCUCAUCUUUCAGUGUGAGGACUCGGAACCCUUCAGACAGCCUGUGGACCUACAGGAGUACCCGGAUUACUUGGACAUAGUGGACACUCCCAUGGACUUUGGGACAGUCUUGAACACCCUGCUGGGUGACGAGUAUGAGUCCCCCAUGGAGCUGUGCAAAGACGUGCGCCUCAUCUUCAGCAACUCCAAAGCCUACACGCCCAGCAAGAAGUCCAGGAUCUACAGCAUGAGUCUGCGUCUGUCCGCGCUGUUCGAGGAGCACGUCGGCUCCAUCCUCACCGACUUCAAGUCCGCCCAGCGGCUCCAGUCGGACCGGUUGACCCGGCAACGGCUGCACAGCGAGCGCCUGACGCGGCAGACGAUGAAGAGGAGGAAGAGGAGCUCCUCGCCUGCCAGCAGCACCGGCUCCAGACACACACACGCCCCCGCGUCUGCCAACACGCCUCCGUCGCCACCCCCGGCCGCCACCCACCUGCCCGAGGCCACGCCCCGCAUGCUGAGAGCGCACAGCGCCAGCUCCGUCUCCACGGAGACGCCCCAUGACCCCGUCAGCUCCGGCAACGAGGGCAGUUCCAGGGAGAGGCCCCGACGCAAGCUCCGCACUCCCAUCAGGCUCAACCCAGGUCCGGUACAUGACAGUCCAUCGCAGAACAGCCUCCACCUGAAUGGCCACAGCAGUCACGUGACCCUGGGGGUGGGCCGGAGGCGAGGCCGGCCGCGACUGGACGAGAGGAGGCCCGUGCGACCAGCCGUCGCCCCAGCGCCGGAGUCCGAGUCGGAGCCCCCUUCGCUGCCCCGACCGCCGGGCAAGAAGCGCGGCCGCAAGAGCAAGAAGGAGCUGGAGGAGAUGAGGCGGCAGGCCACCCUGAGCACGGAGCUUGACCGCUCCACCACCUCCUCCUCCUCCGUCCAGGACACCAGCCUAUCGGACUCAGGGGUGGGGGCGGGACCUCCCGAGAAGCCCAAGCGGGGGCGGCCCAGGUUGAACCGGACUCAUCCUCCUCCUCCUCCUCCACCGACGGCUCAGCCCACUUCCCCCCCUGGCUCCGCUUCCCCUCUGCAGCCGUCCAAUCCCAACGCAUCGCUGCGACGGAGCAGCCGGCGCGUCGCCGAGGACAACUCGCAACCCUCGUCCAGUGUCCAGGAGGACCCAGACAGGGAGGAGGAGGAGGAGGAAGAGGACGACGACGGGGAUGACCACGAGGGGACGGAGUACGAGUCGGGCCCCGGGGCGGCGGGCAGCUCCUCCAAGGGCUCCAUGCGGACGCGUAACCAGGGCCGCCGCACGGCCUACUACAACGAGGACGACUCGGAGGAGGAGCAGCGGCAGCUGCUGUUCGAGGACUCGUCGCUCACCUUCGGCACGUCCAGCAAGGGCCGCGUGCGCAAGCUGACCGAGAAGGCCAAGGCCAACCUCAUCGGCUGGUAGCCACAGAGCGACGCGGCGUGACGUGACGACCUUGCUGCAAGCGCACCAGGGGUUGACUGUUCUGAAUGCCCCCCUCUCACUGCCCCACAGCUCACUGGGGCAAUGCCAUUCCUGCUGCUAUGAAACUGUAAUCUGUGUGUGUGUAUGUGUGUGUGUGUGUGUGUGUGUGUGUGUUUUACGAGAGACUGUGAAUGUGUACAGCCACACAGAGACGCCUGGCCUGUGCAAUGACACAUAAAGUUCCGUGGAGACCAGUAACCCCCAUUCUAAUCACACACACACAUAAAUACAUACACACACACCAAACAUUGCCUUUCCCAGUUCAUCUGACUUGUUAAUGUGGAAUCAGACAACACCUCCAUCAUACAUAGUCUCUCUCUCUAUUCUCUGACCUAUGGGUGUGUCCAAUUCAUCGUCAGUGUGCCUGCCUGUAGAAUGUGUAGUGUUUAUGGCCUUCAUAAUCUGUGUGUGUGUGUGUGUGGUGAGGUCUACUCAAUCUAUGGAUUUUCUCCUCACCAGUCCACCAUAAUACUCUAUUGUACAGGGCUUCGUUUAUUUCAACACAGUGGUCAGCAAACCUAUCUCCUAGAGGUUGGAGCUAGUUAUAAACCUAUGAGCUAGUUAUAAACCAUUUACGGGCCAUCAAAGCAGUCACUUUAUGUUAGACACUUAUAGGAGUGUGACCCACCCAGUGAGAGUUACUUGGAUGGUGUGUGUGUGUGUGUGUAUGCAAGACUGGUCCAACCAGUAAAAACAUUAUUAAUGAUUCAUUAAUCAUUAAUCAUUUUUAAGACUGGGAGUUGUUAGGUUCCGCACGUGAGUGUGGAAGAGAGAGAGAGAUAGAGCCUUCUAAAUGCUGAAGCAGUGCAGUGCAUGUGUAAGGACUCAUUGCACUUGAUGUUCAUCAUACUCUCCAGUUAAAGAAGACUCACCUGCUCACAAAGUUGUGUGUGUGUGUGUGUGUGUGUGUGUGUGUGUGUGUGUGUGUGUGUCGGCAAGAGAGAGAGGCAGUGAUGCAGUCAUGUUUACAAGAUGUGACAGUAUGCCAUUUUAUUUUAACAGAAAUAUGACAUCAUUGUGUGUGUGUGUGUGUGUGUCCAUCCAAGACUUUUUCUUGGUACCUUUUGAAAUACACAAGGUACAUGUAUGAGUGUCUUAGUACAUGAUUAUGCACUUACAAACCUGGGGUGUGCUGUAUGUUGUGCAAAUAGGUUCAGAGGACUUGUGUACAUUUUUAUAUGUAAUUCCCUUUGUAAACAGCCCAGUUUGAGGUCUUUUCUCAUGCUGUCCUGUAUGGCUGGGCCUGAACUUAGUGUGUACGACUGGAAAUGACCAUGAGAGGAUGCCCUGUUUCUGUGUCCAUGUUUGGACUGAAUAUUGUUCGUUCUGAUUGUGCCUUCAAUUUCCCCAACCGUGUGUGUGUGUGUGUGCACGCAUGUGCGUUUGUGUGAGAGAGAGAGGAUUCUGGAAUAUCUAUGGCUCCUUCUUGGUACCGUCUUUGUUCCCCAGUGAGGUUCUGGUCCACAGGUACCACUGUAAGACAUGGUUUAGCCCUCCACUCACUCCCUCCUCAUCAUGGGCCUGUGUGGACUGGACUCACGCGGCCCCAUUGUUUUGUGAUCACCCCACAGCCAAAGAGGACUGUACUGACUUUUCACUGGAUCUGCGUCUGUCUUGGAAGGACUGAGAUCUGGAUUUUAGUGUGGACUGGUCUAUUUUUGUGAAUCUGGAUUGAUGUGAACUUCAACUUCAGAGAGUCCUCUGGAACAGAUACACUCCUUAUCUGACCUGGUCAGCCGAAACAGUGGGUUUUCUUCUGUGGUUUAUUGGACAUUUGGUUUUAUUUCUCCUUUUUUUAAAAAGUAAUGAUUACGUUUUUUUAUUUUGAAGUUGCCAAAUGGAGCUCUGUGGUGGUGUGGAGUUGUGAAUGUCUCAGAAUGUCUUUUUUUUUUUUUUAAGCUGGUUUUGGUGAACCAUAGCCUGGUGGUUGUGUGUGUGUGUGAAAGAGAGAAAGAGUGUGUGUGAGUUUGUGUGUGUGUCCAACCUCUUUGGCACCAGUGUGUUGUGUGUAGGUUUGUGAGUGUACGUAUUUUUAUACUCCUUUGACUAUGAUACCCAUUAUGAUAUCCCACCUCUAACCCCUACAAAGCAAUGGAGUGCUUCACAGGAUUUGACAUCACGCUACCCACCCAUCAUCUGACCUGUAGAGCCCUGCGAUGUGAGGCGUGAGGUCAAGCGGGGGGUGGGGGGGCUGCAUGCAACCUUUCCCAGAAUUCUCUCUGUGUGAGGUUUGGGAAGAGGCUUUACUGUCCUCUGGUUUCCACGGAGAUUGGAUUAGAGGACUUUAUAUGUUAGUUUGUAUACUUUUAUAUAAAAAAGUAAAUGCAAAAAAACAUAAGCAUAGAAUGUAUGUGUAGGGAGUACUGCUGUCAUAUUAGUUCAUACUGAUAUUUUAAAGAAAUAAACAGUUGUGUUUA